UAAGAGCUGGGAAGAGCAUUUAAACUUUAUUAUUAAUAUUGUAAGAGAGUGUAAACCAGAUAUCAUUAUUUAUGAGAAUACUACUUACAUUUACGGUCGACAACACCAAGGAACGGUUGGGUUAUAUAAAUUAAUUGGUGGAAUUGUGGCUUUAAAGUAUGUCUUCGAUUUUAUUCGGGAAGUAAAUAGCAUCGCGGUUAACCAAGUCAAACCUUUUAAGGACAAACUUUUUCGUGGUCAAGCACAAAUAGAAGGUCUAACUUGCCAAGCAGGGCGAGGUAAAGGUUGGAGAUAUAAGCGACAAAAAAUUAGUUUACACCAAUUAGAUGCCUUAGUAGUUUAUCAUUUGUGA